AUGGAAUCAGAUGUAACACUAACAAAUAAUUGGGUUUAUCGUCGAUUUUUUCUUUCGAAUAUUCAUUCAGCUUCUCGUUUAUUUUGUUAUAAUACAUCCGAUGGUUUUACGUUUGGACAAAUUAAUCUCGAUAAUGAUGAACUUUUAUGCGAAUCAGUUGAUACAAAUUAUCUUGGUUUUCAAAUAAAUCAUUUAUGUUGGCUUUCAAAUACUAUCUAUCGGCCAUCUCGAAAACAGAUUAAAAUUGGUUUAACAACUUUACCAACAUUAAAUCGAAAUCAACAAGCUUCAUUAAUUUAUAAGAAUGAAAAUGAUAAUUCUACUAUACAAAAUUUAAAAUGGCUUGAUGAAACAAUACGUUUAACACCAUCAUCAAUUGAUUAUAAUGAAAACUUUGAUCAAAUUGCCAUUAGUCAUUUAAAUGGAACAGUAAAAAUUUAUCAUGCAUCACAAUAUAAUUUAUCUUAUCAAUUUACAUUUUCUAAUCAUGGAGUUCUUCAUCAAUUAAAAUGGAAUCCAAUUGAAUCUAAUCUUCUUCUUCUUGCUCAUCAAAAUCGAUUAAAUAUUUUUGAUUUUGAACAUAAAACAAUUGGAUUAACAUUAAAUUGUAAUGGAAAAGAACAUUUAGCUGAUUGUACAUGGAAAACAAAUGAUAUUAUUAUUGGUCGACAUCGACAACAAAUACUUAUUUGGGAUAAACGAGCAAGUCGUGAACCAAUUCGAAAUGAAAUAUUAGAUACAGUUGGACAAUCAGAAAAAUUAAAAUGUAGUUUAGCAUCACCGAAUCAUUUAAUUUCAGUUUAUGAUACACGUUUGGCAAAAAUAAAAAUUUAUGAUUUUCGUUUUUUAACUAUGAGACAAGUUGAAUCUUUUGAUAAAAUCUCAUCAUCAUUUCUUGAUUAUCAUUGGACAGUAGAUAAAAUGGCAAUUGUUGUUUCUACACAUCAAGGUUUAUUACAUUGGAUUGAUGUUGAUAUACCAUUAAAUUCAAAAAUAAUAAAUAAUAAACAAUAA